GCGCUGUGUAUAUUGACGUUUUUGUGAUUUGAACUACUGUGAUUGGUUAUUUGUGCUGUUUUCGAUUCCUUGUUGCUCUUACUGUGUUGUUACCUGUGGUCGACGCCCACUGGGAGGAGUUAAAGUAAGACGGAACAUUUUUGUCAGCUCCUACAUAGAGUGGGUGUGCAAAUUAAUUUGACAAACUCAUUCAAUUAAAGAAAAAAGUUUUUGCGUUUGGCUGGGAUCGAACCUGCGUCGUCGGGGCUCCGGGGCGGUGUGCGUCGGCGCUGGGCUAAGGAAGCAUCUGCUCACAUUGUCGAAAUAGCCAAGCUCUAUCGCCGGCGGGCGACGUCAUUGGAUUGAUUUAUUCAUCGACUGUAUUAAGUACUCAGAGUUGCAAUGCCUCGCACUUUGCGGUCGCCCCCCCAAAGUUCUACCAUAGCAUUGCUUGAGACUCAUUCAGAGCCUGAUUUGUCGUCUGCGGCAUCUGUUUCUGGAGUCAAUAUCGGUAAUAUACUGGAACAUGUCACAACGCGGCAGAACAAUAAACGCUUCAAAUGUGACGAUGACUGCGUGGAGACUGACACAUUUGAGGAUUUGAAGAAUUUGUUGCAGUCAUGGAAAAAAGACCAAGAUGCUAUGCUCAAUAAAAUAGUCGCAGAUGUUGCUGAAUUGAAAAAACAGAAUCUCAGUAUCCAGAGGUCUUAUUCUGAGAUUGAAAAAUCAAUUCAAUUUUUCAACCUAAGUUAUGAGGACAUGAAAACUCGCCUGGAAAGCUUGGAAGUCGAACAAAAGAAGAGUGCUGAACGCUUGAAUGACCUGACGAGUAGUACGAGUGCACAGGCUGUGGCUAAACUUGAGGCUAAGAUAGAGACGAUGGAGCAGCAGGCACGUUCAUGUAAUAUUGAAAUAUGUAAUUUACCAGAAAAGCGAAAUGAAAAUUUACUAGCCAUCAUGGAUUCUAUAGGCUCCGCUAUUAAUUUACCUGUGUCUCAUAAUGAUAUUAUAUCGAUUCAUAGAGUACCACAUGGGCAACAACAUGAUAGAAAACCCAAAAAUAUUAUUAUAAAAUUUAGAACACGUAUAAUACGUGAUAACCUUCUUAGCGCCUAUCGUCAGAAGAAGGGCCUAAUGUCUGAUCAGCUAGGAAUAUCCGGUGCCUCGGUACGCGUUUAUUGUAAUGAACAUUUGACCUUACAUAAUAAGGCGUUUUUUCGAGAAGCCAAGCGGAUUGCUAAAGAAGUCGGCUUUAAAUACGUUUGGGUCAGAAACGGGACUGUACUUGUACGUGAGCGGGACGGACUGUCAUCAAUUGCUAUUCGAUCUGGGGAUGAUCUUAAAAGGAUUGCUAUUAGUGGGAAGAACUGCACUGAAAAAUCAGAUUGAUAGCUACACUUAUGAUCACUCAGCUUGUUCGCGUAUCUUUAAUAAGCUUUCUGUUUAUUGUUUUUAUAUAUG